GUACUUGAAACUAUAUCAGAAACUAAGAUAAUGUUGUUUUUCUAGAAAAGCUUUCAAUUUUAUUGGCACUACGUUACAGUAUAUAUAUUACGUUUGUUUCAGUCGUACAUUAUGUCAAAUUCAGUAGCCGUGAAUAGAUCUACAUAAGGAAUAAAGUUCUACCGUUAGCGCUCUCAACAUAAUCAUGACGAAAUAUACUUUACUUUUGAUUUUCCUACCUCAACUGUGCACCGGUGCCAUCGCAUUCAAUCAACCUUCAACAACUGCAGUGUCACAAAAGGGUUCUGAUAUCCUCCGCCAGCUACUGAAUCAGGAGACUUUGAUAAGAAUGUCCUUAACGAAGGAUGUGCAGUCUCUUCUUAAAGACCAAAGAAAGAACCUGGUAAGAGACAAAGACAUUACGGAUGUAGGGACGGAAGUCGACAGACUGACCAGAGAAACAACCUCUCUCAAGGAACUGAAUAUAAAACUGACCAAUGAUGUCAACGCUUUACUGGAGGAUAAACAGGAAGCAGAGGAAAUGGACCAGAUAAGAGCCAACAAGACAAAGAACAUGGAGAAGAAAAUCGAGGAAUUGACCCAGCAAACCUCGGUUUUAGAUCAAAGGAACCUGAAUCUGACACAGGAAAUUGUUGCCGUAAAUAAAAAGGAUUUGUCGUCCCAAAUCACAGGUUUGGAAAAUGAACUGUUAGGCUAUCCAGACAUAGCUGUACAGGCAGCAUGUGUAGGAACUGCAGUAGAGGGAUUUGUAUCUGCCAUCAGAAGACCGUGUUCCAACGAAGCACCAUCUUGUGAUGUAAUUUGUAAGGAUGCUACCCCACAAAUGAAAGCAAAAAUUGGAAACCAAGGCAGGAAAGAGGCGACGUGUAUGCAGACUUACCAUUUCUAUGGAGCAAAUCAGAGACUGAAACCCGGUAUUCCAAAACAAGUCAACAGGAUCAUGUACCGCUACUCUCGCGAGGCCUGCUCCAAACAGUUCUGUGGUCCAAAUUUCUGUUGCUGUUAUCUCUAAAUAUGCAUAUUAUUCAAUUUUCGUAUUUCACAGAAAUUGUCACGGUACUUAUACAUAAAUUAACUGUACACGUUUUACAACGUGUUGGAUAUCAUGCGUCGAUACUGUUGUUUAUGAGAGGGAUGAUUAUGGAAUAAACAAUCAUCAAUCAGUU